AUGCCUGCAUUGAGCUGUCAGAUAUGGCAUGAUGGGUCCCGGAGUGUCAUACAAUGGGGGAGGCAGAAAAAGAGGUGGGAGACACAGAUGAGCCGGCAUGCCUCAUCUUCAGCGUCGCCGGCAAAGAAGGCAGAGUAUGGCGGGGCCAUGCCACCACCUCCUGCCAAAACCAGAAAUGCGAACACACUUAAGGUCACAAAUCCUUCGCAACCUCCAAGGAAAUCUCAAUCUUCCCCCCUCGUUCCCGCGCAGACUCCCACUCCGAAGGCCACAACCGUCCCAACACUGCGAGCGAAGGAGAAGUUGAACCCACCGCCUUUUACCUAUGCCCCCGAAAUAUCCGUUCCCGUACGAAAACCAGACCAGAACUUUGUCAAGUGGCUAUACCGCGCCGGUCGCGCAUAUCUCACCUUCUAUAAAACGGGCAUCUCACAUGUCCGACAAACAUCAAAAUUCGCCAAGACACUGCGCCAAAAGGCUGCUCAAAUACCCAACAAAGACAUAAGCGAGGUUCUGACAAGAGCGGAAUGGCAGAUUGUGCGGAGAAGCAGAUCGGACACGUUGAGGUUACCGGCGUUCGGUCUUUUGGUCUUGUUACUUGGAGAGUGGUUACCGAUUGUCGUCAUGUACAUUACGCCUGUAAUUCCAGAGGCGUGCAGAAUACCACAGCAGGUUCAACGCGCGAUACGGAAACUUGAGGACAAGCGGCAAGACCGGUUAAGAAGGGUCGCUCUAGAUGCAAUGCGACUGAUGAGCAGGGAUCGCCCGCCUAUUGGCACCGCAUCUUCUGACGCGCCAUCCGUAUCCCCACCGAAUAAUGGACUGCUCAUGCCAGUCACCACGAAGAAAUGGAACGAGAUGACGCUCUACGAGCUCUCGCUUACCGCCGCACAACUCGACUGCUAUCCCGCAAUAUUUGACUUGCUACCUCUGACAGCACCCAAGUUCCUCUUACAGCGCAAUGUUAGGAAGAAGUUGGAGUACUUGAACACGGACGAUAGGUUGAUUAAUAGAGAUGGCGGAUGGGCAGGUCUUGGGAAGGAGGAGCUUCAGAGGGCUUGUGUGGAUAGAGGUUUGCCUGUUUUGGGGAAGAGAGAAGAUGAGUUGAGGAAGGCGUUGGCGAAGCUGGAGGGUUGUUAA